AUGAAGUCGAAGAGAACGAGGAUAUCAUCUGUUCGAUCUGCAGUGGAUAUAUUUGGCGGCCUCAGACGCUUUCACGGAGAAGGCUCACGCAACGGCACCAACCAUUAUGUCGAAUCCUUGAGGACUUUUCCCUUGACGCCCAGCAACGCCCCUCUACUGGACAACGUGGCAUUUCACCAUUCUCUUUGGCUUCGAGCUUUUGCCGAUUCCCGCGGGGCAGAUCAGCUUUUCAUUCCUCCGUACGCUCCGUGGCUCAACCGCAUCGACGGAGUGUUUUCUAUCGUGAAACGUAAUGAUCACUUUACAGAGCGCAUUGAUGAAUCCUUCAGGACACGGUGA